AUGACUAGCAUGCGUACUGGUGGAGUAUUCUUCCAAAUAUUGGUUACGACAAGGAACCCGUUUCUGGAUGUUAUCACAAAGAACCAUUCUCUCAGUAGCGCUGAUUCGGAUGUCAUGAAGAAUUAUAAACUUAGAUUAGGUAAACUUAAACGUCGCUAUGGAGGGGGAAGUGGCUUCGGUGAUGGGAAUAAUGGCGAAAGAGCUGGGCACGUGGCUUUUGGGCCUGCGGAACAGGUUGAUGAACCGAAUUAA